AACAUAGUGGCUUUGCGACCAGCAUGGAUGCAGGCCAGCCUGCGCAUCCGCAGUUUCUUUAAAUGCAAUCGGCUUUGAAAGCGAACAUCAUCGAUCCUGACCAGACUGCGCGGAUGGUCUGGAUCCAUGCUGGUCGCAAAGCCACUAUGUUAGUUUCCUCACGGCGCGGCUCAAAUGUCAGUAUAAAACUGGUUGCUAACUAUGUAGGCAUUUGUCUUAAAUCGUUGGGAAAUAUAAAAGAACUGAAACCAAAAUUUGAUGUAGUGAAGUGGCUGAUAAUAUUUAUAAUGUUUUCAGUUGUAGUCUAUAUUUUGGCAAUACUUGCUGUAACAAAUGCCAGUCUUGACAAAGACUUCAGUUGCGAAAGAUACCAGGAUGUACACGAUGCAUUUAAAGACUGCUUGAAGGAGCAUGAUGUUUUGGAUUUCACAAGUAUGUUUCAGGAACUGUGGAGUGAUGGCGUCAUUGAAGGCGAUGAACUUUAUACGGAAUUAACGGUGAUUUGCAGUAAUCGAGAGAUUUUAGAAGAAAACAUUACCAACUGUGUUGAAAGGCUCGUAACAGAUUGUCCUUCUCUAGAAGAGAUAGUAACCGGCACAAUCGAAAACAAGAUUUCAUUCUUUUGUGAGAACAACCAACCCUCAAGUAUUCUCAGUGCAGCAUUACAGCAUGGCUAUAUGUUCAACGGUAAUUGCUCCCUUGGAGGGCAACAUUUAUUAGGGGAAGCAAUGAGAACUUGUGCGACAGAAGCUUUUUCCGAAGCAGGUGUUAGCGGUGACCGUAGGAAUUCGACUGUGGACGAUGUUCUGUCAGCAGAUCUAAAAUUCGGACGCAACUGGUUUCAGUGUGGUCUGGCAGAAUUGAGAGAUGAACUUCCAGUUGAAUUAGAAUGCGGGUCAACAGUGCGGGACAUGCUUAUGUCUUUUGCGAUAUUCAUGUCGGGCAAUGGCUACCUUACACCGACGCUAACAGCGAGUGACAUGGUUGUGUUUUGGAAUGUUUAACCUAGGCGAGUGGUGUCGCACAGGACAAGACUAGAGAUAUUCUAGAAAUGGUAUAAACAUGCACGCAGUUAACAUACUGUGCGAUUUGUGUACAUGAAGUGUCUUUAUAUUACAUGAUAACGAAUUAUUA